AUGGCAUCCAUCGAUGAACAUAAUGAAAUAAUUUUGCCCGACUCACCCACCUCUCGGUUUACAGCCGUCAAUAGCAGCUCAAAAGAAGGUGCCUCCAGUAGUGGACCUGUAGUGAAUUCUUCUGGUAAUGCAAACUCAAAUAAUACACUGGCGAGAGAACAGAUUGAGAGUUCAAUGAUUCAACCUAGAAGCCCGCCGCUAAAUCACGAAAAACAGCUUACUACCCAGAAUAGUUUAAAUAACAAUGAAGGCUGGACGGUGCCGACGGCUGGCGAAAGAAAUAUAUUCCAACCACAACCCUCUCACUUAGAGCCUGAAGGGUCACAUAAACGAAAACGCUCCAGCUCGACUAGUCAUAGUCCAUACCAAAGCAUGCCACCAAAACAUUUGACUACAACUGGAUUUGGAGAUUCGGAAACUGCGCGCGAGGAAGCUAUGCGACAGCAUUUACAGCCUGAUUCCCGUGAGACAUUCAUUUCUGGGACUCCUUAUCGCCCUUACAUGACAGCCAUUGAGGAGCGCGAACCGCCUCAUGACUCGGAAGCCUGGGCAAUGCCACAUUAUUCUCAACAGCUUGAUCUCACUUCCGAUGAGCAGAUUGGCGAGGUACUUCAAAGGGCAUCACAGAAUCUAGAUGCUCAUGGUCACAAUGGUCAUAGCACUCCUACUGUGGAAGAAAAAAGAAAUUUACAAACAUUUUCGCAGGCAGACCCGAAAAAGCGCAAAAGGAACUUCAGUAAUCGGACCAAGACUGGUUGCUUGACGUGUCGAAGGAGGAAAAAAAAGUGUGAUGAGUCCAAACCAGAGUGUAAUAAUUGUAUACGUGGUGGUUUUGUAUGCUCCGGAUACCAACAGCGUGGCCAGUGGCCCAAGACAGAAACUAAGCAGGCACCAGUACUUUUGCAAUCCAAGACAGAAUAUGAAAAUUCGCCAUACUCAACUGCCGGCUCAUAUAUAUUACCUAGCAUGUCUGGGUCACAAAGAAGAGAACCUCUCCCCGGGCAACGGGGCCAAUCACUACGAAUAGAUCCGCAGCAUGAUCGGCCUAGCGAUCUUGACGAUGACCAUUCUAACGGAUCCAGUAUUUUGAGUGGAGCUGUCAAUUCUGUGGCCAGUCCGGAUACGAAUCGACUACCGGCUAUUUCUUACGCCCAACAAUCCCCAACCCCUGUAACUGCUACGAGCACUAAUUUUCCUGAUCGGCAUCCCAAGAACAUAUACGAGCACACUAUUCCUCUUCAUGACGUCAUGCGUCAAGAGUCCAGGCUAGAUGCUGAUGCCAAUACGUCACACCUCGUGUCCCCUAAUUUACCACAGCUACUACACCCACAAAUGCACGUUGACAAUUCACACACUACCAAUCCACAAGUGGCUGCUCAACUUGCCUUAUCUAAUCUUGCUGCCACCAACCGACCACGUUCUCAAAAAGAAGAGAUGCUCGCUGGUCGACAUUAUUUUCCCUUUGACAAGCAGCUAGUCCUUGAGCGGGAAAGUUGUAGUGGGGCGUGCUGGAGAUUCAACACCAGCACAAAUCCCAACAAUGGCGUGUCUUCUGAAGAACGGGCGAGAUUGUUCCGUGAUAUUUUACAGCCUCAGGAGAAUCUAGGCUCGCCUCAGGCUUCGUUCAUAAAUCCUGUAGGCCGUGUGGGUGAUAAUGUAGUCGUAGAGGCACCGUUCACUUGUGAUUAUGGCUACAAUAUCAGUAUUGGUCAAGAUGUAGCAAUUGGGAAGAACUGUACCAUUCUUGACACUUGUGAAGUUCAGAUAGGGGAUCGAUGUCACAUAGGUCCUAAUGUUAAUAUUUAUACGGCAAUGCUGCCUAUUGAUCCUAAAAAGAGGCUUGGGUCGAAAGGUCCUCAUCUUGGCCGGAAGGUUAUAAUUGAGAGCGAUUGUUGGAUCGGAGGUGGUGUCAUAAUAUUACCUGGGCGUACGAUAGGCAAAGGUGCCACUGUUGGAGCUGGCUCCGUAGUUUCCAGAGAUAUACCCCCGUACACAGUUGCCAGGGGUAAUCCUGCCCAUGUUUUGCGAGGAAUCGGCCAUGACGAGCCACGAAAAAAACAGGCCACGAAAAAUGUAGCCGGGAUAACAUCAUCCCUUAAUACCCAGCGAGCUUGCCACGUACUUUAUCAGUCCGAAAACUUAAGAGGCGAUGCGUAUUCUCUUACAGCCAUUCUAGAAUCGCCGAUACGAAAAGCAUCUGUCUCUAUACGCGAAUGUUUCAUGGCAGAGCGGAUCUGGCAUAAAAUAGCUUGGUCUCGGGUCGUGUCUCAUUUGAACUUGAGGAUAACGAUGGAAGUCUUGAUUACAGAAGAUUAUGGAAGACCAAGAUUCUACAAUAAGGUUGCCAUUAUUAAUCUAGGCAAAGAUUUAUUUCUCACGCCAUACUAUAGACAGAAAGAAGCUCACAAUAGGAAAUAUAAAAAUCCGUGGCGAAAGCUUAAUGAUUCGGAGAAUCUCUGA